AUAUUUCAUUUAUUUAUGCAUCUUGUAUAUUUUUCGGUUACAAUGGAGGGGAAUCGAACAUUUUAUCCAAUGUUAGCGCAUUUCUUCACUUACUCUCAAUAUGGCUUAACGACAUUUUGAAUUGUUAUAACUUACGGUUUGAAAGACAUAUUAAGAAGCAAGAGAGAUGUUAGCCGACUGACCUAACUCACGCCUCGUAACACAAUGACUAGAUAGAUAAAAUUUGAAAACAUAUUUUGGAAUUAUGAUUUGAAUAUUUACUUCCACAAACAUUUUAUAUUAAAAAAAAAAAAAGAAAAAAAAAAUAUAUGACCUCCUCUAGCUUACUAUAAGCACGAACACAUGGAAUCACAAACUACUGUAAGGUACAAUUAACUUCUGUUUGCCGCCAAAGGCCCUUCGGUGAUGUCGUCUUCCUCAAACUACUACUGCAACUUACUCAAGCUCUGCAGCCAAGCAGGAAACCCUGCGCAAGCCAGAAAGCUCCAUUGCCACAUUGUCAAAACCGUGACUAAUCCCGAAACCUUUCUUCUCAACAAUCUCGUUACUACCUACGGCAAAUUGGGCAACUUAAGCUAUGCCCGCCAUGUGUUCGACCAAAUCCCUCACCGAACCCUUUUCUCAUGGAAUGCCAUUCUCUCCGUCUACUCUAAAUCGGGUCACAUUUCUGAGAUGCAAGAUAUCUUCAAUCGAAUGCCGAGCCGAGAUGGGGUGUCUUGGAAUUCAGUUAUUUCGGGGCAUGCGUCAUGUGGCUUCGUUGCUGAGGCUGUGAGAGUUUAUAGCUUGAUGUUAAGGGACGGGCCGGGUAAUUUGAACCGGAUUACUUUCUCCACGAUGCUUGUGCUUUCGUCGAGUCAGGGAUGUGUGAACUUGGGUCGACAGCUUCAUGGGCAGAUAGUGAAGUUUGGGUUUGAAUCGUAUGUAUUUGUUGGCAGUCCUUUGGUGGACAUGUACUCGAAAGUGGGGUUAAUUUUGGAUGCAAAGCGGGUUUUUGAUUCAAUAUCAGAGAGAAAUGUGGUUAUGUAUAAUACGCUUAUCACUGGGUUUUUACGGAGUGGAUUGAUCGAACAAUCUGAAUGUUUGUUUAGUGAAAUGCCUGAAAAAGAUUCAAUUUCGUGGACCACAAUGAUUAGCGGGCUUAACCAAAAUGGUGCAGGCAGAAAAGCACUUGAUAAGUUUAGAGAAAUGAGAUGGCAAGGCUUAAGUAUGGAUCAAUAUACAUUUGGUAGCGUACUGACCGCAUGUGGAAGCCUAUCUGCCUUGGAAGAGGGCAAGCAAGUUCAUGCGUAUAUCAUUAGGACUGAUUUUAUAGAUAACAUCUUUGUUGGUAGUGCUCUUGUUGACAUGUAUUGCAAAUGUAGAAGCAUAAAAUCUGCGGAAACAGUUUUCAAGAGAAUGAGCCGCAAGAAUGUAGUAUCGUGGACUGCACUGCUUGUGGGUUAUGGACAAAAUGGGUACGGUGAAGAAGCUGUAAGAAUUUUUUGUGAUAUGCAGAGAAGCGGGGUUGAACCAGAUGAUUUUACCCUGGGAAGCGUAAUUAGCUCAUGUGCAAACCUAGCAAGCUUAGAAGAAGGUGCCCAGUUCCAUGGCCAAGCUCUAGCUUCAGGUUUGAUGUCUUUUGUUACAGUUUCAAAUGCACUGGUCACAUUAUAUGGUAAAUGCGGAAGCAUCAAAGACUCCCAUAGACUGUUCGAUGAGAUGAAAAUCAGGGAUGAAGUCUCGUGGACGGCCUUGGUUUCAGGGUAUGCCCAGUUUGGAAAAGUUUAUGAGACAAUUGAGUUGUUUGAAAGGAUGUUAGCCCAUGGUUUGAAACCCGAUGGAGUUACUUUCAUAGGGGUUCUUUCAGCUUGCAGUAGAGCAGGACUAGUGGAGAAAGGGCAUCAGUAUUUUGAAUCAAUGGUAAAAGAACAUGGAAUUACACCAAUUGUGGAUCACUACACUUGCAUUAUUGAUCUUCUCAGCCGAGCUGGAAGAUUAGAACAAGCAAAAAGCUUCAUAAAUAAGAUGCCAAUCCGUCCUGAUGCAAUUGGUUGGGCCACCUUGUUGAGCUCGUGUAGACUUCAUCGUAAUAUGGAAAUUGGUAAAUGGGCAGCUGAAUCUCUUCUAGAAUUAGAGCCCCAGAAUGCUGCAAGCUAUAUCUUGCUCUCAAGCAUCUAUGCUGCCAAAGGGGAAUGGGAUGAGGUGGCCAAAUUGAGGAGAGGAAUGAGGGAUAAGGGGGCUAGAAAAGAACCAGGGUGCAGUUGGAUCAAAUAUAAGAACAGAGUGCACAUCUUUUCAGCAGAUGACCAAUCAAGUCCAUUUUCGGAUCAGAUAUAUGCUAAGCUGGAGGAACUGAAUAGAAAAAUGAUAGAAGAGGGGUAUGAGCCAGAUAUGAGUUCUGUUCUUCAUGAUGUUGAGGAAUCAGAAAAAAUGAAGAUGCUUAAUUACCACAGUGAGAAGCUCGCAAUUGCGUUUGGAUUGAUAUUUCUUCCUCCUUGCCUUCCCAUACGAGUAGUUAAAAACCUUCGAGUGUGUGGGGAUUGCCACAAUGCCACUAAAUACAUUUCCAAGAUCACCAAGAGAGAGAUUCUUGUAAGAGAUGCUGUCCGGUACCAUCUAUUUAAAGACGGAACUUGUUCAUGUGGAGAUUUCUGGUGAUGAGAUUGUGAGUGUCAAAAGCUGCUGGAGAGGAUUGUAAAACCAUAUCAUUGCCUUGAUUUGAGAAGAUAUUUGUUACACAAAUGCAAUUGAGAGCUGUUGUGAAUGAAGCGACUAUCCUGCAAGAACUUUCUUUUUAUCUGAGAUUCUGAAUCCUUGCAAGGUUAUGAACUGGAAAUGUUUUUAUCUCAAGAUUCCAACAGCUAUGCUCAAGCUCCAUAGAAGGAGGAUCACAUCACUUGGAGAUACUCGGGAAGAAUUCAAAGUCCAAGAAGAAUUACCUGCAACUGAGCACAGAUCUCAAUAACUUCAGCUGGAGGUGCCCAAUCACCGAAGUUCCUCUCGAUAAACUGUUUCCCUCCACCAAGUGCUUUGAAGAAUUCCAUUCCACGAUCAUACAAUACAACACCACCCCAAUAUCGAGGCCAGAAGUCUUUUAUCUGCAUCAGAACAAUACGUCAUCCAAAGUUAAUGGGGUAGGAUGAGACUUUGGUAGGUGAUCUGCACAAGCACCGGUUCUGUCCAUGAAACGGGCAAUAUGACCACGCUUCAUGCCAAACUGAGAAGAAAGAUCUACAGUGCUUAAGCUAAGGAGCUCGGACAGACAUUUCC